AGUCAAGCAGCAGCAAUGAUCAACGCCGUCCUGGUUUUCAAUAACAAUGGCCAACCGCGUCUGACCAAGUUCUACACGCAGCUGCAACGCCUGAUUUCCGAAAUCUUCACUCUAGUCUCUGCCCGACCUUCAUCAUCAUGCAAUUUUCUACCGCUACCACCUCUUCUCGCACCUGCUCAGUCCGCGGGAGCUGUAUCGGAUUCCCACAACGAUGUACCUUCUCUGGUCACUUACCGCCACUAUGCGACUCUCUACUUUAUCGUCAUCAGUACUAGCACCGAGUCCCCUCUAGCCUUGCUCGACCUGAUCCAGGUCUUUGUCGAAUCACUGGACAGGCUCUUUGAGAACGUUUGUGAACUCGAUCUCAUCUUCAACUUUGAAACGCUACAUGCGGUACUGGGCGAAAUGAUCGUUGGUGGCGUGGUAAUCGAAACAGGCUUGGAUAAAGUGGUACAAGGAGUCAAGGCGCAAGGAAAGGUUGCUAAACGGCCGGUCAAUGAGGGCAGUCGUUCAGGUGGCCUCGGACCUGGUAUCUGGGCAGGUAGAUGA